AAAAGUAUCCACAUAUUACAAUGGCUUUUCUCUCCCAAAUACUUGUUCCUUCAUCUUCAUCUGUCAAAAUUUUCUCAGUCAUUGCAGUCAUUUUCCUCUCCCAUAAUGUUGCUGCAGUAACACCAGCCACAAAUAAAACAACUAGAGCAGUUUGUACUUUCGGAGAUUCAAUAAUGGACACGGGCAAUAAUGACUACAUCAUUUCUAUAGCCAAAAGCAAUUUCCCACCUUAUGGGAGAGACUUUGUGGGAGGAAAGCCUACUGGAAGAUUUAGCAAUGGAAAAGUCGCCUCAGAUUUUGCUGUUGAAAUAUUUGGAGUGAAGAAGAUUUUGCCGGCUUAUCUGGAUCUGAAAUUGCAGCUUCAAGACCUACUUACUGGUGUAUGUUUUGCCUCAGCAGGAUCAGUAUAUGACCCUCUCACUGCCAAAUUACUUUCUGUCUUGUCACUACCAGAUCAAUUAGACUUGUUUAAAAAAUACAAAAGCAAGAUAACUGCAGCAGUUGGGAAUGAAAGAACAGCAACUAUACUGUCGAAAAGCAUUUCCUUUCUUUCCAUGGGAAGCAAUGACUUUGCAAUUAAUUAUUUUUCUACACCACUGAGGAGCCCUCACUAUGACAUUCCAGCUUAUACAGAUCUCAUGAUCGAUUCAGCUUCAAAUUUCUUGCAGGUACAAGUCGAACAAUUGCAAACAUUACCACUGUUCAACUUGUUUAGAGAGUGUCAUAACCUUACUUUAUGCUCUUUAUGUUAAUUAAUGUGGGGA